AUGCCUCCCCGAGAUCCCCCUUUCAACUCUAAGUACUCACACACCUUCUCAGCGACUUACCUCGAGAGCUUGCGAAGCUAUCGUCCUGCCAGACCUACCGGGUCACGUCCUCCUCCCUUCACUCCCCGGACCCAGACCGUCUCCUCUGAAUCAAGUUUGACGCGUUCGGACUCUUUGCCCACCGUCAACUCUGUCCAGAGUAAAGCCCAGCCAGAUGAAUCUGAACCCUAUACUAUACAAUCUCCGCCAAUUCCCAACUCAAGCUCCAUCUCUUCCGCUGCUUCGUUACUCAAAGGUCGGCCAUUAGCCCAGCCACCUGCCAAUGACCGCCCAAUUCUACGAGGAAGAAAAGUGUCUCCCACGGCUAUAGUACAAGUUCCACAACUCACAGAAGAUGGCGUUUACCUCGAGUCGGUCAGUCGAAGAUUGGAGAAACAGGAAGCUCAUAACCUACGAGAGGCGUUGCAACUGAUCGACCACAAAGACGACGAAAACAGAAUCUAUCAGGCAGCUCAGGACGAAGCAGCAGAUCUGGUGUGGAAGCAUCAGAACCCUCAUGCUGCAGAAGUGGAGAAGACAGCUGCGUAUCGCAAUCCCGACUUGAAGGUGAAUGGCAAUAGGCGAAGUAGCGGUCAACGCAAGGCUAGUGGCACACGGAAAGUCUCCUUUCCCAACCCAGAGUCACAAAUAUAUGAAGAACCGGAGCAGCAAGAGGAUCGCUCCGAGAAACCUAUCAAAACCCCGAGUACUGGCCUGCCAUUGAGGAUCAAGUCUACCAAUACUCUUCCCUGGCUCAAGAAGAGAGGAAUGAACAAACCAGAUCCCGCGCCAAUGGCUGACAAUAACAGAAUCAAUCGAGUGGAAAUCCACAAGAACCCCCCAACUCGAUCGAGGGAUGCACAAUACACAGCCAACACACCUCCACGACAUGCAGCUAUUGAUACGAUUGAAGAGGUUGAGACACCUAAGUCGUCCACAAGUACUCUUGAGAUCAGGGGUGAAGACAUUCGAGCCGCGACGAGUAUGAAGAGAAAGGAUCGAAGUCCCAAUCUGCCAACGCCGGUUGCCGUGAGUGAUCAUGUCGGACGUCCUAUCGUCAGUUUUGAUCCUUCAUGGAAACCUUCAAACGAUUCUCCUAGAGCAAGUCAAGAUGUUGAAAGACCAAUCAUCAAGCUCACCGAACGUCCAACACCACAGAAAUCCAGUGAGAGGCCGUUACCAACACCAGGCCAGGUGAUGCCCGAAGUCACUGUGUCUGCCCCAGCUGUCCCAAGGAUAAACCUUCCAGACGACCCACCAGUACCAUUGAUCAAUGUCUGUGCUCCUGGAGUACCGACGAUCAAUCUUCCAGAACAGAACAACCCAGUGCCAAGUAUCAACAUCGGUGAAGAGGGCACCAAUUCGUCGUCCUUUCCAACCAUCAACUUACCUGGUGAGAUCAAGCAGCAUGCUCGUCCCCUACCAAAGCAUGCUGCAACCACUCCUACGACCGCUUCUUCCCUUCAGAAGGCACCGUCCUCUCGGCUUCCGUGGCUUCAUCGUCACCCCAUGCCAACUGUAUCCUGCUCGAGCUGUGCCUUGCCUAUUUCUGGACGCAUUGUGACUGCGGCUGGAUCCAGCUCGAGCAGCGUCAAAGCCCGAUUCCACCCAGAGUGCUUUACAUGCUACCAUUGCGCUACGCCGCUUGAGUGCGUCUCCUUUUAUCCAGAACCCGAUGAGAAGCGCCUUGAUAGGCUAGAAAGUAUGGGGAUUGAAGCUACUUCCCCCGAAGCCUCCAAUGACCCAUUACGCUUCUACUGCCACCUCGACUUUCACGAGUUCUUCUCACCCCGUUGUCGCUCUUGUAAGACACCCAUUGAAGGCGAGGUCAUCGUGGCGGCUGGAGCAGAGUGGCACGUUGGCCAUUUCUUUUGCGCUGAAUGUGGCGAUCCCUUUGACAGCUCUACGCCAUUUGUAGAGCGUGACAACUACGCAUAUUGCGUCUCCUGCCACACUAAACGCACCUCCGCACGAUGCAGAAGAUGUAAGCAACAAAUCUUAGAUGAGUUGACUGUUGAAGCCCUUGGGGGGAAAUAUCACGAGACUUGCUUCGUCUGCUUCGAAUGUGGGGGUGGUUUUGGUGAUGAAGGUCGCUUUUUCGUGCGCGAUGUCGAUGUCGAGCCUACGGACAAGGAGAGAAGGAAGGGUAUCACACGUAAAAUCGAGGAGAAAGCAGUAUGUGGACCAUGCGAGGAGCGGAGACUAAAGGCGUGA